GCCAGAGAAGUCUUGGACCUUUUCAUAAAUCUCUUUUUUUCUAGGUUUCUAAUCCCACUGUUGCAUUGAAACGACUAAGAUUAACCCAAACCUGUGGUAAUAAACCCUUUCAAACUACAUUUUCUUUAUACGGUUUUGAACCCUGAGGAUUAUAUAUCCGUGGGAGCACACAGCAAGAAGAAAAGCAAAAGGGCUGGUGUGCAUCACGUUGUGGAGAAUGUAGAGAACAAAUGAAAUGGUAGGUUUCCUAAUUUAGAGUUCUCUCAGAUCUCCAAGUGGUAAUAUCACACGCGUCUGGCUCUGUCCUGGUCUUCUCCAGGAUCUAUUCUUAUCUUCUCCAGGUACUGUUAUGAUCUUCUCCAGGUGCCGGGGAAAGUGAGUUGAGAAAGGAUAGUUGAGGAAAAGAAAACAUGGACAAAGUUGGUUUUCUACAACUGAAACAAGAAAGAUGCAGUGUAUUCACAGUUUUAAAUUACGAGUUUUAUGCAACACUAGAUCCCGCCACUGGAACUCAAGUUGAACAAGCUCCUCCAGAGAAACGUUCUGAAAAAGCACCUAAAUACUACUGGAAGAAGUUUUCUCCACAAUUACGGGUAUGCAAGACUUCAAAACAAAGUGUCACUUUAUAUGUUCCUGGGUUUAUUUGCCAAUUUUGAAGAUUUUAGUGCACUGCUCUGCUAAAAUUUCACUAGCAAAGGACACCUUUGUCCUUCAGAACACGUAUUAAAACACGAAUUCCCAUAAAUUGAACUGAAAAGUAGAAUAAGCAAGCAUAUAAUACAAGAACAGUUUACAUCUGGUAAUGUGGAAAUUCCCCUGCACUGAAUUACUACAGUUGAGAUUAUCCACUUUGUAGAUGUGUCAUUCCAUGAGUCAUAUCUCACAUAAUAGUAUACAUAAUAAAAAAGCAGCUAUGGGCAUAUACAUGCAUCACAAUUAGUUAAGCACAGUGUAUACUUUUAAAGCAGGCAGAACUACACACACGCCGAACCCCGGUUCUGCAGACCCCCCCCAUCCAUCCGAACGGCCCUUUCUUUACCCCUUUAAACAAGCCAAGUGCCCUCCAGACAAGCAGAACCAAGCUCCGGGCUUCCCCGACCGACCCCGACGCCCCACGGGUGGGGGCAAACCACGCGUUAGAGCCACAUCCCCAAUGCCAGCGGCGCGCAGGUACCGCGGACACGCGUGGGGCCCGACCACGCCAGGCGAGGCAAGGCGCGUCCUGCCCUGCCUGCUGCGCCACUGCGCAUGCGUGGGCAAGCGCAGCAGCUCACUUUGCGCGCUAACUGGCGCAGGGGUCCGGGCGCUUUCUGCGCGCCGUUUGCGCGACGCCGGCACCUGUUGCUCAGCGGUACCUUCGCGGAGCGGGCCAGGCCGUCCUCCUUCCCUCUCCUAAGUUACUUGUGUGCCGCCGCUAUCCCCCUCAACGCGGUUUCCCGGCGGCGUGACCCGCAGAGCCGCGUUCCCUCGCAGGAAGGUCCCCUGCGCCCCGCGCAGCUGCCGCGCACUGAAGAGACCUCGGCGCUGCCGCCGGACCCUCAGCAAUAACUCCCUCCACUUUUGUGGUCCCGGGAGAACAACAACCAACAAGAGCAACAGACCGGUCCGGAGGUUUCUGCUCUUGUCCGCGGGUGCCCCGGCCCCGGCAAGGUGCGCGGCCAGCGUCCGCCCCGCGCCCCGCUCCUGGGGAACGCUGGAGACGCUCGUGUUUCUCCACAAACUGUGUUGACAAGCGAUUGCUGAAAAGGGCUGGGAAAAUUACAUCUCGUUUCUGGUGGGGUGAAAUAUGAAACAUGUAAUCUAACGGUUCCUAAAAGGGAGGGGGGAGAAAGAGACUUCUGUCUCCCUCUCUCUCUGUUUUCCUGCUCCGGGUUCCUGGUUGGAUAAUUCGGGUUAAUACUAGUGAGUGAGCCUUUUGCUGCUUCAAAGGGUAUUUCAAGUUGCCGGAGCUCCUCCCCUCCGCACCGUGUGACAACAACAACUCGUCCAGCGAGCGAGCGGCGGCGGCAGCCAGCACUUCCCAGCUCAUUUUCUCUCUGUCAUUCCCCUCUCAAUCUUUGAUCAAUGUACUUGCCAGAGAGAACCGAAGUCCUUCAAACCUCCUCUUUUUCACCUUCGUCUUUAACGUGGUGCUAGAGCAAGGACCACAAAAAGAAACUGCCCUCCCCCUCCCCUCGGCCCCAGCCCCGCCGCCCGGAGCGGACUUCUCCUCCUCCUCCUCCUCCUCCGUCCCCACUUGCGGGACACUUUGUGCGUUCUCUCUCUCACUCUGCCCCCUGCUCUCUCGCUCGCCGCAGCACCUGAUCCGGGGUUAUCCCCCCCUUUCUCUCCCCCCUCCUCCCUUCUUUCCUUUCCUCCUUUUUUUUUUUAUUUUUUUAUUUUUUUUUUUUUUUAAUUUUCCCCUUUCCCCUGCUUGUGUGUGUGGGAACUUUCCCCCUCCCCCUGCCCCCUCCGCCGUAUAUGUGACCAUGGCCGUACCGGCUGCUUUGAUCCCUCCGACCCAGCUGGUCCCCCCUCAGCCUCCGGUCUCAACUUCUGCCGCCUGCACCACCACCACCACCACCUCCUCGUCGGCCACCUCCUCGUCAGCCACCUCCUCUCCGUCUCCUUCCAUCGCUCCCCCGCCGGCCGCUUCGGGGACAAACCUAUUCCGUCCGGAGCCCAUCGCAGCGGCGGCAGCAGCGGCGGCGACGGCCACAGUCACCUCCACCACCAGCGGCGGCGGCGGUAACGGCAGCAGCAGCGGCGGCAGCGGCAGCCCCAGCCUGGGCACCGGCGGCGGCGGCGGCAGCGGCGGCACUUCCACUCCCAAUGCCAGCGCAACCAGCGCGGCCAGCAGUCUGCCCGGCAAGCCCGUGUACUCGACCCCGUCCCCGGUGGAGAACACCCCCCAGAAUAACGAGUGCAAGAUGGUGGAUCUGAGGGGGGCCAAAGUGGCCUCCUUCACCGUGGAGGGCUGCGAGCUCAUCUGCCUGCCCCAGGCUUUCGACCUCUUCCUGAAGCACUUGGUGGGGGGCUUGCACACGGUCUACACCAAGCUGAAGCGGCUGGAGAUCACGCCCGUGGUCUGCAACGUGGAGCAGGUCCGCAUCCUGAGAGGGCUAGGGGCUAUCCAGCCCGGGGUCAACCGCUGCAAACUCAUCUCCAGGAAGGAUUUCGAGACCCUCUACAACGACUGCACUAACGCCAGUUCUAGACCUGGAAGGCCUCCUAAGAGGACUCAAAGUGUCACUUCCCCAGAGAAUUCUCAUAUCAUGCCACAUUCUGUCCCAGGCCUAAUGUCUCCUGGAAUCAUCCCGCCAACAGGCCUGACAGCAGCAGCUGCGGCAGCAGCAGCUGCCACCAAUGCUGCCAUAGCAGAAGCAAUGAAAGUGAAAAAAAUUAAACUGGAAGCUAUGUCCAACUAUCAUGCAAAUAAUAACCAGCAUGGAGCAGAUUCUGAAAAUGGAGAUCUGAAUUCAAGUGUCGGCAGCAGUGAUGGUUCUUAUAAAGAAAAACUUCAGUCUCCCCCACCCAAGGAUCACAGGCCUCUGUUAACCGCCCGCAGCUUGCCUGGACAGCAUAAUGUUCCAGUUAGCCAUCCUCUCAACCUCUCUCUUCAACAGAACCACCUUCUGCCAAAUGGGUUGGAACUUCCUUUUAUGAUGAUGCCCCACCCAUUAAUUCCCGUGAGCCUACCUCCAGCAUCUGUCACGAUGGCAAUGAGCCAGAUGAAUCACCUUAGUACCAUUGCCAACAUGGCAGCAGCAGCACAAGUGCAGAGUCCUCCAUCCAGAGUUGAAACAUCUGUUAUUAAGGAACGUGUUCCAGAUAGCCCUUCUCCUGCUCCUUCUCUUGAAGAGGGCCGAAGACCUGGCAGCCAUCCUUCCUCUCAUCGAAGCAGCAGUGUGUCCAGCUCUCCUGCACGGACCGAGAGCUCUUCAGACAGAAUCCCUGUCCAUCAGAACGGGCUAUCUAUGAACCAAAUGUUGAUGGGUUUGUCACCUAAUGUCCUGCCUGGACCUAAGGAGGGUGAUCUGGCUGGUCAUGAUGUGGGACAUGAGACAAAAAGAAUACACAUUGAAAAAGAUGAGACCCCGCUCUCCACACCAACCGCAAGAGACAGCCUUGACAAACUUUCUCUAACUGGGCAUGGGCAACCACUACCUCCGGGUUUUCCAUCUCCUUUUCUAUUCCCUGAUGGAUUGUCCUCCAUAGAGACCCUUCUGACUAACAUCCAGGGUCUGCUAAAGGUUGCUAUAGACAAUGCCAGAGCUCAAGAAAAACAGGUCCAACUGGAAAAGACAGAGCUGAAGAUGGAGCUCUUCAGGGAACGAGAACUGAGGGAAACACUUGAAAAGCAGUUGGCUGUGGAGCAGAAGAACAGAGCAAUAAUUCAGAAAAGGCUAAAGAAGGAAAAGAAAGCAAAGAGGAAAUUGCAGGAAGCACUUGAAUUUGAGACUAAACGACGGGAGCAAGCAGAACAGACACUGAAACAGGCAGCUUCAACAGAUAGUCUCAGGGUCCUAAAUGACUCUCUGACCCCAGAGAUAGAAGCUGACCGCAGCGGGGGCAGAACAGAUGCUGAAAGGACAAUACAAGGUUCUGGGAAAAAAUACUUACUAGGGAAAUACUUUCGUCUUUCUCAUUCCUCCCAAAAACAUAUCCCUAUAUCAGUAUCAAAGCAUGUCUGGGGUUCACUAGAUGCCUAUGCCUAGCUCCCAAUCCGGUUUCCCAAGACCCCCUCAUCCCACACAAAAAGAUGGAAGACUUUAUUUGAAAACUACUGUCAUGUAUUGAAUUUUUCCUGCUGAAAAUACCUGUGCUACAGUAAAGAACUUUGCAGUAAGACAUUGACUCAUAAGGAGUUCUGUGGAAACAAAGUGUUUUCAAGCCAACUUCCUCAACUUCAUUUAUCAAUGUUCUUCAAAAAUGUAAAGAAUUCUGCAAGAGUGUCCUCCUUUGGUUAUCUCCUGUGGCUCAACCUGGAGACCCAGAGAAUGUUCGUAAAUGUACAGUAGCACUCUUCUUACAAUGAAAAUCUGUGUCUCUGCGCCGGACUAUUGUAUCCAAAAUUACAGGCGGUCAGAACAAGGCUGAGUAUUCCCUUUUUCAAGGAAUGCAGACUCUGUCCUCCUCUGAUGAUUCUAUAUUUGAGCGCAUCAAAUGAUCCUUCCAGCGGUGUCCAAGUACACUUACAGACUGUUAUCUCAUACCGAAACCAGCAAGACAGCUCAGAAAUGAACUUGUAGAGGGCAUAAGAGGAUUCUUAUUAAAAAAAAAAAAAAAAAAGGUAAAAGACGAAAAAAAUUGAUACAUUCAGUUUCAAACUAUGAUUGUGGGUUUUCUUCUAAAGACAUUUUUCCAUAUGCUUUCCAAGAGACCAACACGUUAGACUACAUAAAGUGAAAUGGAAUUUUGUGUAAGUGAAAACAAAUGCUGAAUGUAAACAAACUGUUUUACUGUUCACCAAGACUCUUUUCCUAAAAUAAAAAAAUACAAUAGAAAGAGUAAUAAUUUCUCAUUGUAAACUGGCAGGGGUUUAUGAAAUAAAAGACUGCUUCUUAUCAAACUGUUGGUCAUAUGUACAGUAUAUAACACAAAUCACACACGGAAGGUAUUAUGUAUGCAGUAGAAAUCUAGAGUUUAGGAAAUGAAAAUUUUAGAUAAUAUUGUUUUGUCACCCUGUUGGUCAGAAAGACACCUUUCUAGUUUUAACGCAUGCAGGCAUGUAAAUAUUUGUCCUGGAGUCACAGUAUUACUGAAUGAGAUCUUAAGCAUCUGGUAACAAGUCAGAAUUCUGUAUCAGCCACUUUUAUUUGUAUAUUGAGCCCUGGUUAGUGCCCUGAUUAGUGCACUUUUAAGAAUGGACUGUGGCUGAGCAACAAGUCAAAAUGCCAGAAAUAUUUUUAUAUGUUAAUGUCAUAUUACGUCAAUGUUGCAAAAAAAAAAAAGAAAACCUAACAAACACUUGGUGUAUCAGUCCAAUUCCACGUAGAACUGAGUGAUACAGUCGAAGUCUGUUGUCGCUCCCACCUUGUCUUAGGGAUGGGUAGUUAUGUGUUACUUUCACUGUCUUUAUGAAAGCUACAAUAUGUGUUUUCACCUUUGUGCUGAUAACUGGAAGUAAGCUGCAACACAGUGCUUAUUACAUUACUAAAAAUUAUGUUCUUUGCUUUGCGUACUUUUGGGUUACCCCUUUAAAGACUGAUUUUGUGAAUCAGUGCUAUUACUGUAAGUUUUGUGAUUAUGCUUUCUUCAUCUAAUGUUUUAUGCAUAUAAAAUAUUAUUUAUUACAUGGAAACGUAUCAAAACCUUAAAUGUCUAAGAUGCCUAACUUAAAGAAAAUACUGCUUUAAAAAUAGUUCUGAUUGGAUAUUAAUAUUAUUUUGUCAAAAAAAAAAAUCUAAUGUUUUGUAAACUCUAGCAGUGAGCUUCUAUAGUUUGUAGGUCUUCCUUGCAAUACUGGUACAUGUUUAUUUUGUGCAGUUCAUAUUUAAUCCACCACAAUCCUUUUUUAACAAUAGAAAGAUGUAUAUACAAGUUCACAUCAUGGUAAUUUUUUUUAAAGAAAUAUUGAGCAAUAUUUUUCAUUAAAUAUUGUUACCUAAUACUUUCUAGCGAUAUUAUUUUCUAACCAUGAUUCUUUCAUAAUUUUUGUAGUUGCUUGAACACAUAUGGGAUUCUGUACUCCAGUUUUUUCAUAUGCAGUCUUUAAAGGGUUAACAGCUAUAAAGUUAGAUGGACUUGUGGCAAGCUUUUGAAUCAUUCAUAUCUGAAAGAGAAUUAAAAGCCUACAACUGAAAUAAAUAUAUAGUAGCAUCUACCAUUGCUCUGCUCCUUGCAUAGAGUCACCUGUAAGUAGGUUUAGUAGUUUUACAGUAUAUACUUUCAAGACCUUUGGGAAUGCCUCAGUGUUUGGCUUGGUACAUAAAUGGAAAUGUUAAGGUUUAAGGGGGAACCAAUUUAUAAGCUGGAUGUUUAGAAAGAAUCUUGCUAAAACCAGUGUAAAUAUUACAGACCAUGAGAUGUUACCGUAAGUUGAAUUUUUUGCCCCUCUUUAGUUAUGCAGGUUUUGGGUUGGUAUUUUAGUUUUGGGUUUUGAUUUGGAUUUUUUUUUUUUUUUUUUUUUUGCAUAGAUAAUGAAGAAAUUGUGCUCAUGUUAUUGUUUAUAUGCUUUUGUAAUCUUAAAGAUAUUAAUGUCUAGUUGUUCUAUAUUAUAACCACAUUUGCGCUCUAUGCAAGCCCUUGGAACAGAACAUACUCAUCUUCAUGUAGGACCUAUGAAAAUUGUCUAUUUUUAUCUAUAUAUUUAAAGUUUUCUAAAAAUGAAAAAAGGUUAUUACGAAUUUUGUUGUACAAAAUCUGUACAAAAAUCUGUUUUUACAUCAUAAUGCAAGAAUUGGAAAUUUUUCUAUGGUAGCCUAGUUAUUUGAGCCUGGUUUCAAUGUGAGAACCACGUUUACUGUUAUUGUAUUUAAUUUUCUUUUCUUUUCAACAAUCUGCUAAUAAAACUGUCUGAAAUCUC